AUGUUUGCGGGCGCACCUGUUUACUCUGAUAUAAGUUCGAGCAGUUUCUUAGGAAUCAGGGGCGCAGAGAAGAGACGUUUUCGCCUCGAUGAAAAACCGUACGCGGCACCAGGUAGCGCCUCGGCGCGUCGGGUGCAGCGACUGUCUCCGCUGACAGUGCAACUGGCAAUAGCCGCCGGCACCAAAGGCCUCUACCGAGACAUGCCGGACAACACAAGCAGAAAGCGUGUUGUCGUAACUGGAGUAGGUAUCGUGUCCUGUUUCGGCAGUGACGUGGACCUCUUUUACCAGAAGCUACUUAAAGGAGAAAGCGGCGUUCGUCCCAUUGACAAGUUCGAGUGCUCGAACUGGGAGACGCGCAUUGCUGCCUGGAUCGCUCCGGAACAGUUCCAAACCGAGGGUUAUAUCGCACCGAAACUUGCUAGGAGACUGGACAGCGUGCUGAAGUACACAAUCGUUGCGGGAAAGAGGGCCUUGGAACACGCCGGCCUCGGCAUCGGCUCCGAUCCAUACAAUGCACUGCGGAAGGAUCGCGUCGGGGUCAUUGUCGGGAGUGGCAUGGGCGGCCUCGAGACCUUCGCAGAAGGUUGUGAAAAGCUUUCCACGGGUGGUGUUCGGAGGAUGUCCCCGUUUUUCAUCCCGUAUUCGAUCACCAACAUGGGCUCAGCUUUGCUUGCGAUAGAAACUGACUUCCACGGACCGAACUACUCCUUGUCAACAGCUUGUGCGACCAGCAACUACGCGAUUCAUAACGCUUACAUGCAUAUCGCACGGGGAGACGCCGACAUGAUGCUCUGUGGCGGUAGCGAGGCUGCAGUGCUUCCGAUCGGGCUCGGUGGCUUCAUUGCUUGUCGGGCGCUCAGCAAGCGCAACGAUGAGCCGCACCGCGCCAGCCGCCCCUGGGACAAGCACCGUGAUGGUUUUGUCAUGGGCGAGGGAUCUGGUGUUCUAGUUCUCGAGUCGCUCGAGCACGCCAGGGCACGCGGAGCGCCCAUUCUCUGCGAAUAUCUCGGUGGUGCCUACACCAAUGACGCUUUCAGUGUGACGGAGCCCGUUCCCGAAGGUACUGAAGUGGCGAGAUGCAUUCGACUGGCGCUGGCUGAUGCCAGUGUCGAGCCUGCCCAGGUCAGUUAUGUCAACGCUCAUGCAACGUCAACGCCCCUUGGUGAUAUUGCAGAGUAUCGUGCCAUGUCUUCUGUUCUGGAUAUGAAGCGGAUAACGAUGAAUUCAACCAAGUCACUCAUUGGACAUGCGCUGGGAGCGGCUGGCGCUCUCGAAGCAACGGCAACCAUCAUGGCUAUUCGCACCGGGGAGGUGCACCCUACCGCCAACGUCGAGGAACCGGAGCCCGAGAUUGAAGCGGACCUCGUUCGUAACCAGAAGAAAAGCCUCAACAUAGAGGUAGCGAUUUCGACUAGUUUCGGUUUCGGGGGGCACAAUAGUGUCUGUGUAUUUGCUCCGUUCGUCGAGUAG